AUGCGGCCCGGCUAUAAUUUCCUAGCGGAGAGGAGGAGAAGAGAGGACAGGGCAUCCAGAGAAGAAAGACAAGACAGAGAGAUAAGGAGGGGAGACGAGCGCUUCUAUCAUCUGAAACACUGUGUUGUUUUCACGGACGUAGUGUGCAGCAUCACCUCGCUUUCUACGCAUCAUCCGCCCGGGGAGAGGACUGUCCGCAUCUCGGCCCAGGUUUUGAUCCCAUCUGCUUCUGAUCUGUUUGUGAUCCUGUUGAAAUCCACCGGGAUCCAGAUGAUGGAGCGCUUGCUGUGUCUGCUGGUCCUCAGCUCAGUGGCCCUGAAGGAGGCUGUCUGUGGAGACGUGUGUGUAUCAGGUCAUGACAGUGGGCCAGUGUUUGAAGAACAGCCAAGCAGUUUAAUUUACCCAGAGGGCCUGAGUGAAGGCAAGGUGACCCUCAGCUGUCAGGCCAGAGCCAGCCCAGCUGCCUCUUACAGAUGGCUUGUGAAUGGCACAGAGGUCCCGCUGGGUUUGGACCUGCGCUACACCCUGGUGGCCGGCAACCUCGUGAUCAGUAGCCCUGAGCCUAUUCGAGACACAGGCUCUUAUCAGUGUCUGGCCAUCAACCGGUGUGGCACCAUCAUUAGCCGAGCUGCUAACCUCAAAUUUGGCUACCUCCAUGACUUCCCUCCAGAUAGCAGGAGUCCUCAGACAGCAUAUGAAGGCAUAGGCACUUUCCUGGCCUGCCAGCCCCCUCCACAUUACCCAGCUCUGUCCUACCGCUGGUUAAUCAAUGAAUUUCCCAACUUCAUCAAAAAGGACGACGGCCGCUGGUUUGUGUCGCAGGUAACAGGGAACUUGUACUUGGCCAAAGCAGAGCCAAAUGAUACCGGGAACUACUUCUGCUUCACUACCAUCAACAUGGAAAUCAGCACCAAGAGCACUUUCAGCAAGGCCAACCAGCUCACGGUGCUUUCUGAUGCCAACCCCAGGAAGUCAGCUCCGAGCAUUAAAGUGCGCUUCCCAGCAGAGACCUAUGCCCUAGCAGGACACACCACUCAGUUAGAGUGCUUCGCCUAUGGAAAUCCUGUCCCAAAACUGCGAUGGAGGAAGGUGGACGGUUUGAUGCCGUCCAAGGCGGGCUCCAGUGCUAAUGGUCCCACCCUUAUCCUGCCAGAGCUCUCCUUUGAUGAUGAGGGUGUUUACGAGUGUGAAGCCUACAACUCAGAAGGAAGUGACACUUACCAGGGACGCAUCAAUGUGCAAGCUCAGCCGGAGUGGUUGCAGGUGAUGAGUGACUCGGAGGUAGAGAUCAGUUCAGAGCUUCACUGGAGUUGUGUUGCUGCUGGUAAACCACGACCUUCCAUACGCUGGCUACGCAAUGGACAGCCACUCCGCACACAGGACCGGUUAGAGGUGAACGGAGCUCGUCUUAAGAUCAGUAACCUGGCCCUGGAGGAUUCUGGGAUGUACCAGUGUGUGGCAGAGAACAAACAUGGCACCAUCUACUCCACUGCUGAGCUCAGAGUCCAAGUUCAGGCUCCAGACUUCAGGUUAAAUCCAGUAAGGAAGCUAAUCCCAGCAGCCAGAGGGGGGCAGGUAAUGAUUGAGUGUCGUCCUCGAGCUGCCCCAAAGCCCAGCCUGUUCUGGAGCCGUGGGACGGAGCUGCUCACCAACAGCAGCAGAGUCACAGUAACUCCAGACGGCAUCUUGUGGAUCUACAACAUCAGCAGGGCAGACGAAGGGAAAUACACCUGCUUUGCUGAAAACUACCUGGGGAAAGCCAAUAGCACCGGACAUCUGUCUGUCAGAGAUGCCACAAAGAUCACGCUGGCUCCUUCGAACGCCGACAUCAAUCAGGGAGAGGAUGUGACGCUGCAGUGUCACGCCUCCCACGACCCCACCAUGGACCUGACCUUCACCUGGGCCCUCAACGGGGUCCUGCUGGACCUGGAGGACUCUGCUGGGCCAUACCACCGGGUGGAGGGGAAGGAAAACAUUGGGGACCUGUUGAUUGUGAAUGCUCAGCUGAGUCAAGCAGGGAUGUACACCUGCACAGCUCAGACUGUGGUGGACAGCGCCGCAGCUUCAGCUAAACUAGUGGUUCGAGGCCCCCCGGGUCCCCCUGGAGGUUUACUGGUGAAGAAUGUUGCUGAGACAUCAGUGGAGCUCAGGUGGAGUCGUGGCUACGAUAACCACAGUCCCAUAGGCAAAUAUGUCAUCAUGGGCAGAUCGUCACUCUCAUCAGAAUGGAAGAAGAUGAGGACAGACCCGGUGAACAUCGAGGGUAACGCGGAGUCGGCUCGUGUGAUGGGACUGAUGCCCUGGGUGGAUUAUGAAUUCCAGGUUAUCGCCAGCAACAUCCUGGGUAGCGGAGAGCCCAGCAUGCCCUCACACACCAUCCGCACACAGCAAGCAGCUCCCACAGUGGCACCCAGUGGACUUGGAGGAGGCGGAGGAGACCGCAAUGAACUCAUUGUUACCUGGACGCCCAUGGCCAGAGAGUACCAGAAUGGUGAUGGCUUUGGCUACAUCCUGGCAUUCAGGAAGAAAGACACAUCAUCUUGGACAGUGGUGCGGAUUCCUCACGUGGAGUCAUCCCGAUAUGUUCACUAUAAUGACAGCCUGACUCCAUACAGUCCCUUCGAGGUGAAGAUCAAAGCUUAUAACCGCAGAGGAGAAGGUCCUUUCAGCCAGAUCGCUGUGGUCCACUCUGCAGAGGAAGAGCCAACAGUGGGACCGUCAAACAUCAAUGCUACGGCACUGACCGCCUUCGAGAUCCAGGUUUCAUGGGAGCCCGUCCAGCAGCUCAGCGCUAAUGGAAUCCUUAGAGGAUACGAGAUCCGGUACUGGCGGCAGCAUGAACGGGAAGCGGCAGCAGACCGAGUGCGGACAGCAGGACUGGAAACCACAGCCAGAGUGUCUGGACUUCGGCCCAGCACUCGAUACCACAUUGCUGUUCUGGCGUACAACAGCGCUGGCACCGGGCCGCCCUCACCACGCACCACCGUCACCACCAGGAAACCACCUCCUAAUCGUCGUCCAGGCAACGUGUCAUGGAAGACUGACAGCUCAUCUGUAACAGUGAGGUGGGACCAUGUGAAGGCCUUGCACAAUGAGUCAGCUGUACUGGGCUACAAAGUUCUGUACAAACAUGAGGGCCAGGCAGCGCUAAAGGUUCUGGACAAGGCAAAGACGUCGGUGAGCCUGCCGCUGCCAAAAGACAACGGUUACGUUGUGCUGGAGAUUCGGUCCUGGGGUGAGGGCGGGGAUGGGCCAGCACACGAGAUUAUUGUGUCCCGGGACUCAGGAACUGGUAUGAUGGUGCAGAACAAGGCCUCCUUCACACUGCCCAGUAACCCUUUCUACCUGAUCGCUAGCUUGGUGCUACUCACUCUUGUGUCGUUGCCAGGCCUGUGAUCUCAGCCACUCGGUGGACUUUUUACUUGUAAUGGCUUGAAACUAAAGCCCCUGUGUCUCGGUCUGUGUUUUGGGUCAGGGUGGGUCUCAGUGGUUGGGGAAGGUUGUAGCACUGCAGGGAUUAGAAGGGUGGGGGAUGAAGGAGGGGUUUUGGUUUUCUUUUUUUUUAUAUGUAUAUAUAUAAAAACAAAGAAAGUCUUUUUCAUUUUUUUUAAACUUCAGGUGGGUUGAAAGGGGUGGGGGAGCAGAGCAGUCCUGUCUGGUUGUGUAUUUGUGCACCAGUGUCAGUAAAACCAUGCCUUAUGGGGACCAUCACAUCUGUGGCUGACGCAUCUCGUACCUGCGUCCUCCAAACUGUAGCUGGCGAGACACAGACUUCAGGUGUAAAUUAUUCAUAGAAUCAGUGUAUAUAACUUGUGUACAUGUGAUGGGUGUCUGCCUGUUCGCACUGAGAGCAGCUUGACUGAUAAGUCUCAGUUGUGGGUGGUGUGAGAGCUGUAAAGAUCUGCAUCUAAAAUAUUAAGAACAUCUUCAUGUUUUUCCUGUCAUAAUUAUAUGGUCAGAGUUCCCCAUACCCUGAAAAACAUGCAGUUUUUUAAUGCCGCUUUUCAGUAUUGACUCAGUUAGUAUUUAAAUUAAAACAGGACGGCUCCAUAGACUUACUUUCAUUUCCAAAGUUGAAACCAGUUGUCAGACUUCAAGUUUAAGUUCAGGAUAUCUGGAGCCUGGUCCGUUCCACAAAAUGUCUUUGACAAUGUCCUGGAAAUGUGUAUAAUGUAUAUUGAUAAUGUACACAUCAAAAUAUUUACAGUGUUUACAUCAUGAAAGUCAAACAUUUCAGUUUGAUAUCAAUCAAUAGGAUGCAAUUUAAUACUUUAUUCCCUAAAAGCAAGAUCAUCUGAAUAUAGUUAUAGGAUGAAUAUCAUAAAUACAUCUUACUAAGAAGAUUUGGACACAUGUUACCAUAGUGAUAAACAUGUUAGACACAUGCCGUUGUAUCAGGAUACAUUAUUACCCUGGCUCCCUCAACUCUCCCGAAAAGCAGCAUCACAUUUUCUCCUUGGACUGGUAGAUCCCCGCUACUGUGCCUUGACUACAUUUUUCUUUAUCUUCAUUUUCUCCUUCUUUAGUUUGUAAUGCAUGGCUUCAAAUCCAAAACAUUUGUAAAGUUGCAUCCACACUUUCUUGUCUACAUUAGCCAGCCCGAUAACCCAAAUAUUACUCACACAGGAUUUAUGUUUCCUGUUUCUUUUCUCUGAAAACACACAUUUUGAGCAUCUACCCAACUGAGCUUGUUUGACUUGCUGGUCGUGUUGCUCACAGUGUGAACGCAGUCACUCGCUGAAGCACUGAAGAACUUUUUAUUGUUGAUUUUUAGCUGUGUCUUUAUGCUUGUUUGUGUCUCUGCUGUAAUUAUAACUACAGAAAUAUGUCACUGUUCCAAAUUGAUGUUUAUAUUUUCUAUUGUUUAUGGCUGAUCAGGGGGAAGUAUUUUAUUGAUUGUUUACAUUUGUGGUGCCUACAUUGUUUGAAUAAUUCCAACAACAAUGUAAAAAAUGCUUUUGUUUAGUGUUUAUUGGUUUUAGUGCAGCUGCUUUUGUGCUAGUAGGUAGAUCUAAAAUGCCCGGGGCAGCAGGGCUAAAUCACUGGUAGAGAUGAAAGAGUUGGUCACCAUGGUUAUCAGAGAAUACAGUUAACAGUGUCAUAUAUCGUCCUCACUGUAAUCCUGUCAGCAGCUAUCAGCUCUUAUGUAACAUGUCUGGCUCGUUGCAGUUCACAGGAAGAAUGUCGGCAGUAUUGGUUUGUCCACAGUUAUCCUGUCCAGGUGAGGUCUGGUCAGCAUGUCAGACAGACAUCAAGUGCUUACAAUUUGUGUCUUUUGUUGUCGUUGCCUUACUUUUUUGGUUGAUUAGCUUAAAAAUUAUCUGACUGCCUGUUUAAAGUGUAACUGAUGCUUUGAGUUUAGAUUGUUGUCCAAUAGUCACUAAAAGGUGUGAUACAUGGUUUUGGUUUUCUAUAACUGCCAACACAAAACAGCCCAGUCUACUUUUAAUUCAGUAAUUAUUUUAUGUUCUAUAAUAAGUGUAUUUUAGUGGCUAUUAUCUCAAUAUAUUCUAAAUCUUAACAAAAUACAUUGUAGAAGUUCAUUUCUUGACCCUGGAAACAAUAAUUUGAUUUUUUUUUUUUUCAAGCAGCCAAAACAUCCGAACAUCAUUAAAAAAAAAACUCUUUUCAGGCUAGUAGUAUGUUGUAGUUUUCAGUUGUCUGUAAAUUAGCUGCUAGAUGGCCGCCAUGUUUCCAAGUCACCUGCUUCUUAGACUAGUUCAAAGCCAAAGCAUCAGAGGUUGGUUAAUCACAUGAGAAACGCCAGGAUCCUUUAGAUACUGGUUAAUCUGUUUUUUUUUUUUUCAGGUCUGCAUACAUGUGCUGUGACAGUGUAUUAGGGCCAUUGUUCAUAAAAAAACAAUAAAAACAGAUGAAGGGGGUAAUGUUCCAAGAACAAAAUUUGAAUUUCCAAGAUUAAAGUUGUACAUUUACGAGAAAAAAACUCUGAGAUUCUCAGAGAUUGAAGUGGGACAUUUUUUCAUUUCAUUAAUAAUACAAUCAAAGAGUGCAGGCAUAAGAGAGGAGGCGGAGCUUUCAGACAGUUAGGUAGAUAUGAGGGACUGCAACAAAGCCACUUAAAAGCAUGUGUCACAUCUUACUCAUAUAGAAAUGUCUGCAGUUCUUCCCCAAUUGUUAUGCUUUUGGUCUUUAAACAGAAGGAAGUAUCUUAUAAUACUGGUUGCUGAAAGUUUUGACUUAUUCUUAUUAACAUCUGCUUAUCCGGCUUUUAAUAGAGUACUUUAAUAACCACACGUUUGCACAUGCAUGUGAAUUUUUUUCUCGUAAAUGAGUGACUUUAAUAAAUGUUUUUCUCUGAAUAUUACCCCUGUAUUUUUUGUACGUACAAUGGAAGAUUUGAAUUGAAGGUUCUCUCUGGAUUUACUCUGGAUAGAAGAUCCAAAUGAACUCUUCUUCUUUGUUGUUGUUGUUGUUGUUGUAUUGUAUUUAAACAUUUUCAUGGUCUGGAUUAACCAAAACAGUUUUAUGUUACUUCAGUAUUACAUUUUAUACUUUGCAAGUGGUUGAAUGAUAAGCCUCUUGAUUGUACAAAGAUGAUCUUAUUUUUGUUAGACAAAAGUAAUUUUUUUUUAUGCGCUUCAUACUUGACACCAAAAUGUUUACUUUAUCAUUUUAUUGACGUUAGUUUGGCUGUAAAAAAAAAUAUGUGUUAGGCAAACUUUUUCUAUAAACACUUGAAAGCUAAAUAUCACAACAAACAAGUACUCCCUGAAUUUCACUUUGUGGAAUAUUAGCUGUAGACACAUUAUUAUUAUAAUUGCUCACAUGUUGUUUGAUUAAUAAAAAAUUAGGUUGAAGUUUGGUUAGACCAAUAUACCAGUGUACUCAUAUUUGGAGCCGUCAAAUCUCAGCUGUGGUGUCAGCAUGGUCUACCUCCAGGCCUACAAUUUUUUAGAUAUAAUGUCCCAUAAUAGUUUAAAUACUGAUUGUGGGUUUAGUGUCAGUUUCAGAGCUGACUUAUAGUAGUGUCGGCCUUCAAAAACAUUUGUUCCAAACCUGAUUUUAAAUCACCAUCACUGUCUUUUGCUCAGAAAGGUUGAGUUUCACACAAUUGCUUCAUCUCUGCACUAGUCCAGAAGCUGGAAAUUUUCAGAACCAUUGAACAAUGUCCUGGUUUGUGUUUUUGUGCUUUACAAAGUAAAAAGUGUUUUCCCAAUGCCUUUAGUAUUCAUUGAAGAGCCAUAAUGUCAUUUCACCAUGUCUGGUGCCCAGUCCCUGAAUGUUCUGGUUCUGGUUCAUUGAUCUGGACUCUGCCGGCACACAGAUUUCAUCCCUCACUUAAGGUGGUAACAGCGAGUCUGUGUUCAUAUGGCUGGACUGAAUGCACUGGAUCAAUUGCCUUUGGGCCUUUUCAAAAUUGUGAUUGAAUGAAAAUGUAAGGGAGGGGUGCUACUUGUAAAUAUGAUUUAAAUAAAAACCUUGGGAUUGUA